GCGAAGCGGUCCUCUUUUUUGGCGAUGGCAGCAUUCGUGUCCGGGAUCUACUGCAGGUGACCAACUCCCCCCAGCGAUGGUUCCCCCGGCCUUUCCGAGGAUAAUCCCGCUUCUUUGGACUGGCACGGGCUGUCUUUUCGCACUUGGAUACUGUGCUGCCAUAGGCUCUUCGAGGCUCACUGUGGUGGCGGGAGGCCGGGCCGAAUUGCCAUGCGACCUCAACUUGACCUUGGCGUCAUUGGUACUGUGGCACCGGGGUUUCGGCGCAGGAACGCCACUGUACAGCGUGGAUGCGCGGGCUGGCGCGGGGCUGGCCAACGCCCGACACUUCUCAGCGCCCUCUCUCGGGGCCCGCGCCCACUUUCAGGAAGGGCGUCUCACCCUCGACCCCGUUCAAGAGAGUGAUGACGGCUCCUACAGGUGCCGGGUUGAAUACAAGCGUUCGCGCACCCAGGUUGCAGACCUCAAACUGCACGUGAUAGUUCCGCCCAAGGAGGCCAUUAUUAUGGACGAGUAUGGCCAGCAUCUACAUGGUAUAAUUGGACCCUACAACGAGGGUUUUCCCCUGGCGCUUGCUUGUGAAGGCGAAGGCGGCAAUCCCUCCCCGGCGGUACGUUGGUGGCGUGACGCUGAACUGCUAGACGACUCGUUUUAUAUUACCCCUCAAGGCUUCGCACGCAACGAGUUACUUUUGCCAAGUCUUCGUCGUACUGAUUUACUCUCUCGACUUACCUGCCAAGUCUCCAACUCUAACCUCUCUGCUCCGGUGACUAGCUCCGUUGUGAUCGACAUGAACCUGAAGCCGACUGAGGUGCAAAUCACAAGCCUAUUCCGGCCACUGUCUUUGGGUCGGCCGACAGAGAUCGUGUGCAUGGCAAGAGGGGCACGACCCCCGGCUCAAAUCUCGUGGUGGUUGGAUGGCGAGAAGCUCAUUUCUCGGGUCACCGAAAGCAGCUCUCGAGACGAGAAUCUGACCGUGAGCAGCCUUCUAUUCAGUCCGGGGAAGCACGACAACCAACGGAAUCUUUCUUGCAGGGGGGAUAAUCCGCAGAUUCCAGAUAGCGUGCUCGAAGACUCGUGGCUUCUCGAUAUCCAUUUUCCUCCUCAAUUAACGGUCAAGGUGGAUAAGAAAAUUCCUGUAGUUGAAGGGACGUCGAUCAGCUUUACAUGUGUGGUACAGGCAAAUCCGGCCGUAGCGGAGCAUGAGUGGCUAAAAGAUGGUAAUCAGCUUGUGGAGAACAUUCAAAACCAAACUCUCAUUAUUACAGACGUACAACCAGAGCACAAAGGAUCGUACCAGUGCGCUGCCAUCAACAACGAAGGAAGGACGAUUAGUUCUGCCCUCGAGCUCAAAGUCCAUUAUGCGCCACGAUGCCAAUCUGUGAGAAGUAGCGUGUUUGGAGUUGGCCGCAGCGAAUCUGUCUCGGUUUCAUGUGAGGUGGAUGCUGAACCUAAACCUCUCGCCUUUUCUUGGGCUCUAGAGGGUGCCACCCCUUUAGCCCAAUCCCACUUCAGUAGCGAGGGAAGCCGUAGCGUGGCCACCCUAUCUCCACGGACGCCCAAUGAUUAUGGUCUCCUCAUGUGCUGGGCGGCCAAUGCCAUUGGUAGGCAGAGGGAGCCCUGCACUUUUCGGAUCGUGCCUGCAGGUCCCCCCGAGGAGCCGAGAGAGUGUGAAGUUGGCAACCGUUCCAAUAGCUGUAUCUCCGUGUACUGUGAGGGCGGUCCAGAUGGGGGCCUUGAGCAAGUCUUUCAACUCGAGGUGUAUGGUACUGUCUCGGAUCGAAUGUUGAUGAACGUUAGCGCUCGUGCCACCCCCAUCUUCCGUGUGUGUUCCCUUCCCCGGGAAGAGUCCCUUCUGAUGCUUGUCUACGCCAUCAAUACCAAAGGAAGAAGCAAACUGGUUACCGUCCACGUAGACGCCUCGGAUAAAAAAGACGAUGCCGACUCCGGAACUGCAUCUGUCAUUUUUGGGAUGCUUGUGGGAGCUAUGCUUGCCUUAAUCUUGAUAGGAAUGAUCGUCGCAUUUGCUGUGCGCAUUCGCUCAACAGGACUUGAAAAAGGAAGAAAAUCUCAUUCUGAUGCCUCUAAGAAGAGUUCUAAUUCACUUAAAGAAUGCAAAGAGCCCUGCGUUGCUAGCAGUCUAGGGCCUGACAUCAUACCAGAAAAAAGUUUCUUUCAAGAGCGUAUGAACUCUCAACCAAAAGUCAUCGAGAUGGAAGAAGGAGUUAAUCCAGCUUCAGCCAUCAAUGAUCCGAGGUCGAAAAAGUACCAAACUUCUUUCACAGAUUCAACUCUUCUUACGAGUCCACGCAAGUUGCGACUUCUUCAUGAAAGUGGUGACGAAAAAGUGGAAUCCGGAUUACUAUUAGAAACACCCCUGGUCUCCAGCAUUCCUCCCAUUCUACAGCAAUGGCCAAACCGGAAAAAAGAAGCUCUGCAUUUAUCUACUCCUGUUUGAAGAAAGCAUACACAACAAUAUAUGCGAGCAAAACUCAGGAGGCCUUUCUACGUAGCGGAAAGCUAGUAGACAAGUAUUUUCAAUUCACUUGUGAAAAAUGGAGAUUCCAUACCGGAAAAGAGAUAUUCAGAGCCAAGGAGUCUCUGAAAUUGUUAACAAGCGCUCAAUUUGAAUAGUCAGAGUAUAUAUACUGUCUGGCAGCUGUGGAAGUCUCACCUACGCGCCAAACGUGUUUUUAAAAUGACUUUGAAACAUCAAUAAAGAUCAAAGU